CAAUCAUAGUGAAUAACUGGCUGAGGGUUCAGAGGAUAUUUUCCCCUCCCUUCCACAGAAUCCAAGGAAUGAGGGCAUCGCCGGCCAUUUAUUUAUUUGCUUGUUUCUUGUUUUGUUUUCAAUCCGCGAUGCGCCAUCAGGAAAUCAUUUCCGCUUCUGCCCCUGGUGAGGCUCGGUGAAAUGCUCCCCUUUCAGCCAAUGAGGAGCACGGGUUUCUGGCAGGGGGCUGUGCUUUUUGGUCAGCCCUGCCCCCACCCACCCUGCACACACAAAAGCAGCAUAAUUAACGGUGUUAAGGAAGCCGAGCCUCUUCCAGCAGCGAGCUGGGAAGGAGAAAAUACCUCGAAGGCCCGGAAACCGACGAUGACAGGGGGCACCGCCGCGGCGGAGCAAGGGGGGACUGACCGCUAACUGCGAACCGCCCCCCCCGCCGCUGGACAAACGGCCGCGUGGCUCUGGGUGACCUUCCCUGGAUGCAGAGCCCGCCGCUGCGUGCAUCUUGCUCCGAUGCUCUCAAGGCCCCGGGACUGCGCGCUCUGAAGGCGAGGGAUGCCCGGCUGCAACCGCGCGGGGCCCGCCUUUGUUUGCGCGUAACUCGGGGAGGCCGCGGAGAACCCAGCGGCCGCGGAGGGUCCGUCCCUGCUUGAAGCCGGCGCCUCUUCCCAGACCCCAUGGGGACCACUGAAGCCACGCUCCGGAUGGAAAAUGUGGAUGCGAAGGAAGAAUGGCAGGACGAAGCUCUUCCCCGGCCACUCCCAGAAGAGACAGGGAUGGACUCGCUCUGCAGCCCUGCGGAAGACACGUCCUCCCCUCCCAACACGCUGAACUUCAACGGGGCUCAUCGCAAGCGGAAGACACUGGUGGCCCCGGAGAUCAACAUCUCCCUGGACCAGAGUGAGGGCUCCCUGCUGUCUGACGACUUCCUGGACACACCUGAUGACCUGGAUAUCAAUGUGGAUGACAUCGAGACCCCCGAUGAGACGGACUCCCUGGAGUUCCUAGGAAAUGGCAACGAGUUGGAGUGGGAGGAUGACACCCCUGUGGCUGCUGCCAAGAACAUGCCUGGGGACAGCGCGGAUCUGUUUGGGGACGGCGCCCCAGAGGACGGCAGUGCAGCCAAUGGGCGCCUGUGGCGGACAGUGAUCAUAGGAGAACAAGAGCACCGAAUUGAUCUGCACAUGAUCCGGCCCUACAUGAGGGUGGUGACCCAUGGAGGGUACUACGGUGAGGGUCUCAACGCCAUCAUUGUCUUUGCGGCCUGCUUCCUCCCGGACAGCAGCUCCCCCGACUACCACUACAUCAUGGAGAACCUCUUCCUGUAUGUCAUCAGCAGUUUGGAACUCCUGGUGGCGGAAGAUUACAUGAUCGUGUACCUGAAUGGAGCCACCCCCCGGCGGAGGAUGCCCGGCAUCGGCUGGUUGAAGAAGUGUUACCAGAUGAUUGACAGGAGAUUGCGGAAAAACCUGAAGUCCCUGAUCAUCGUCCACCCAUCCUGGUUCAUUCGCACCGUGCUAGCCAUCUCCCGACCUUUCAUCAGCGUCAAAUUCAUCAACAAGAUCCAGUAUGUGCACAGCUUAGAAGACCUGGAGCAGCUCAUCCCCAUGGAACACGUGCAGAUCCCAGACUGCGUGCUACAGUACGAAGAGGAAAGACUCAAGGCCAGGAGAGAGAGCGCGAGGCCGCCGCCAGAGUUGGUCCUGCCCAGGCCGGAGGAGAAGCCAGAGGCAGCACAGAUGGGGGACAGGUCUGCUCCGGUCACAGAAGAUCAGGAAAGGUGGGUGGGAGCAUGUCCUGAGCUGAGAUUACAGAGAGAGACAGGAAGGAAGAUUCCAGAUGCCAAGAACCCCCCCAUCAGACACCCUCUGGCCCUGGAUCUCGUCCCCACCUCAUCCCGAGCCCCAGUCUUUGGACGGUGCCCGUCUCCUCCAUCCAUCUCUGAAACCUGGCAUCCUUUUAGCUGCUUGGAGAUAUUUUUUUCACGUGAUGCAGUAUUAGUGCGUUCCAGAAAAGGACCCGGUUCUCAGCCCUCCACCCCUCCACACGCAUGAGCUCACGGCAGAGAAGAGCGAGAAGCACAGGGCAUGACCCACGUGCCCUUGGUGGCCUCAGAGACCCGUCGUAGCUGCACAAAGUCUUGGUUCAAGACCCUUCUCUUCCUCGACCGACACCUGGCCCGGGUUGGAGCCGGACACCCACUGGCUUCCUGGCCAGGUCUGGAUUCGUUCUUGUGCCUUUCCUCCCAGAACAGCCCCUGCAGCCCUGGACACCCGGCCUAGAAGCUCAGCCCCCAGCAAUGCCAGGCUCUCGGCACCUCCCAGCCUCUAACCUCAUGGCAUGUCAUUUGCCCAGCCCUCUUCGUCUCUCAUGACACCCACCUUCUCUAGGGGCGUCAGAGGCCCACAGCGUGAGAGCCACGUGACCAUCAUGGUCUGACGGUUGCAAGACCAUACCCCCCAACCUAGAACAUUCUCAAGCCCCUUUACCACAGAUGCCACGCCACAGGGCAGUCCCGACCAAUACCUCCUACCUAGGGAAUGAACUCAACUGUCCCCACUUCUCCAGCACCCCCUCAACACGGGGUUAGGAGGCACCCCUUGGGCUGCCACCGAGAGAAACCCAGCUCUGAAAUAGGCUCAUCUCAGAAAUGCAGACCAAGGGAAAGGAAGAGACAGGGUACUGGACACACGAGUGUUUUCAAGUUCACUUGGGAAAUAAAUCGAGUGGCUUUGGUUGCUAGGCCACCUGAUUCAAAGGAGGCACCCUUCCCUUGGACAAAAGAUGGAUUUUUCUAAUGUGGUCCAAACGCCAGUCAGGUGGCCGCUAGAGGCAGUGAGCCCCAACCCCCGUCUCUGGAGACAGUGAAGAGAAGGCUGGACAGGGCUUAAAGAAUAUGGUCCCUCCAAUCCUGAGAGUCUCUAUUUCUGUAAACUUGAGUGGGCACAGUCUCUGGGCCCCCCUUAGCAGCUCAGUAGCUGGCUUCUUAGCAGGUGUCCCUGGGGUUUGGUCGGCCUGCCCCCCCAGUUUCUGAGUGUGAGUUUCUUGCCCUUGGCAGAGAUGUCAAAUGCUUUUGAACCUGGGACAUCAUGGGAUGCGUUCUGAGUUAUCCCAACAGUGGGAGGAUGCUGUUGGCAUUUAGUGUCCCCAGAAAGGGAUGUCCGCUGCUUUGCCACACGACAGAGAGCCCUGCACGUUAAGGAACCAUCCCACCCCAAUGCCAGCGGCUUCCACCUUGAGAAAUAUGGGGUUUCUGGGUGGCUAUGGGCCUGUAUCUUCUAUGUCCCAGCAGUGUCCCGGUGAGGCCAGGCUAUUUAGAGGUUGGGUGGGGUUUUUAAAGUUGUGUUUCUGCUGUUUCCUGAAUGUCAAAUAAAGGACAGGGACCAUAUUCUGGGCCGCAGUGUGUUAGCGGGAGCCUGAGGCAGGGGCAGGUUGGCGGAAGGGCCUCUCCAGGCUGCCUUCCCAAAGGCCCUCACCAUCCCAGGUCUGCUUGUUACGCGCCCCCACCCAGAGCACCUCUUCUCACAAAAGGAGCUCCAGGCAUCUGCCAGGCUGCCCCAAACUGCAGGCUCCGGUGGCCACCAGCUCUGCUCACUGGAGUCUGACCCAUGGCCCUGAAGGCCCCACACUCCCACCCCAAAGAAUGCAGUAACUUCUGGAAGGCUUGUCCCUUGCUACAGGCUCAAAAAAAGAAGCCAGAGAUAGGAACUGAUGCGUUCUACCCAAUCUGACAAUUACUGAGUGCCUAUAAAGGUGACAGAGGGUCAAAAAAGGACAGACCCCAUUUUACCCUGAAGCAGCCCACAGACUAAAGAUUCUAGCCACACAACUCCGACAGGAACCGCCCACCACCCCUCUGGACCACCAGCAGCCACGGACAAUAGGAAAGUGGAUUGAAGGACCCCAACUUGGCCACAGCAGCCCCUUCCAGAAAAGAGAGCCCCCUGAGAGGCUGUCUCGGGACCAGCCACCUGUCCGCAGGUGUGAGAAGUUCUGCCGCACAGCUCUGUCCACACACGGCCACUACAUCCGGGGCUUGACUUCCAAAACUGGUUAUGCAAACCAUUUGUAUCUCUGGGGCAGCUGUGGCCAAAAUGCAAUGGACCCCAGGCGCCUGUCAUAAUGGGACGUUGGGCUUUCCUCCUGUGACACCUGGGUCAAGUCCUCUCCCAAAAUCAUAGCUCAUACACCCAUCCUUCCAAUGGCGAGUUUUGCGGUUUUUAAAAAACAAAAGCAAUUCAUUAUGAUGACCAUUGCCGUGUUCAGACAUUUCCAGGAGCUUUGGGGGAUUUUUAUGUGGAAAUAAACUGUAACAGA